GGCGGCCAACGGGCGGGCCAGCGCGGGGCGCGGGCGCGGCGGCGGCGAGCGCCGGUUCCGCCAUGACGCGGAGCUGCUCCGCGCUGGGCUGCACCGCACGCGACAGCGCGCGGAGCCGCGAGCGCGGCGUCUCCUUCCACCAGUUCCCGGUGGACGCCGCGCAGCGCCGCGCGUGGAUCCGCGCCGUGAACCGCGUGGACCCGCAGAGCCGGCGGCCGUGGCGGCCCGGCCCCGGCGCCAUCCUCUGCUCCCGACACUUCGCCGAGGGGGACUUCGAGCGCUUCGGGCUGCGGCGGAAGCUGCGGCGGGGGGCCGUGCCCUCCCGCUUCCUGCCCCCGGAGCCGCCGGGCGCCGGCCGGAGGAGGAGGAGGAGCAGGACCCGCGUGCGGGCGCUGAAGCAGCCGCUGCGCGGCCCCCCCGGCGGGGACCACAACUACAGCCUGCGGGGCCGCCCCACGGACACCCCGCGCACCGUGGCGAGCCUCCUCAGGAUGCUGGUGAAGAAGCGGCAGCUUCCUGAGGAAAUCGUGAGUUUGCUGCGGGCGCAGUUUUCAGAUUUGCCUUUUGAGCUGCACAGCUGGAGGCAGAUGGCAGAAUACUCACCAGAAAUGAGGCAAUUUGCCUGUAUUCUCCACCUCUACCAUAUUAAGGCCUAUGAUUAUCUGCGGAAGAUUUUUCCCCUCCCUCAUCCCUGCAGCCUGACAAAUUGGCUGUCUAAUAACGAGGCUGCUGCAGGCUUCAGCAAUGACAUUUUUAUCCGGCUUCAGGAAAAGGUGGAGAGAGGGGAUCAGGCCUACUGCUACUGUGCUGUUAUGGUACAAGACAUGUCCCUGCAGAAGCAGCAGGAGUGGGACCCACAGACCAGGCGCCUGACAGGCUUUGUUGACCUGGGAGCAGGCAUCCUUGAUGCUGAUGAGGCUCCGCUGGCCUCGGAAGCAAUAAUCCUCAUGGCAGUCGGCAUCUCCAGUCCCUGGACAGCUCCACUGGGCUACUUCUUUGUGAACAGCAUGACCGGCCGCUUGCUUGCUCAGCUCUUUCAUCAGACCAUCAGUAAGCUGAAUAACAUUGGGAUCACGGUCCUGGCUGUGACAUCAGGUGCCUCUGCUUGCGGUGCUGAGACCGCCAGAGCUUUGGGGAUCAGGAUGGAUCCCGAAAGGAUUCGGUGCACUUUCCAUCAUCCGCCUGGUUCUGCUCACAGCAUCACAUACUUCUUUGAUGUUUGUCACGCACUUCAGCUGAUAAGGAAUGCUCUGCAGUGCUUCCAGAAAGUAGAGUGGCUCAGUGACACCAUGUGGUGGCAGCAUGUGGUGGAGCUGGCAGCUCUGCGGGAGCAGAGGGUGUUUGAGCCAAGCAGUCCCUGCUCAGGCAGAUCUGGGAGCAAAGAGAGUUACCACCUGAAGGUCAACUUUGCUACACUGUUGUUCAGCGAAGGUGUUGCCGAUGCCCUAGAACAUCUCCAGAAGCUGGGCCUGGCCUCAUUUCAGAACUGCAGUGGCACUGUCAAGUUUGUGCGUUUGAUGAGCUCUCUGUGCGAUGUAUUUUGUGGCAGAGGUCCCUAUGGAAAGGGACUGAAGGUGCCUUUGCUGGCUGGAAAUUACACCAAAAUAAGCAACCUCUUCAAUGAGGCCAAGAGCUUCUUUGUCACCUUAACGGACUCUGUGGGGAGAUACAUUAUUAAGAGCAAACGCAAACUAGGAUUUCUGAGUCUCUUGCUCAAUGCUGAAAGCCUGAAGUGGCUUUACUCCAACUACAUGUGUCCAGAAGGCACUCCCUCCCACCACCUCCAGACCUACGCCUUCAGCCUGGACCCACUGGAGCUGUUUCUCAGGGCCCUCCAGCAGGCCUGUGGCACCAGUGGGAGCCCCACCUGCACUGUGUUCCAGGCUGCUUAUCACAAACUGCUGGCCAGCUGCAGCCUGUCACCAGGCUCACCACACGGCAGUGGCUCAGGCAACGUGAGCUCCUUGGACGUAUCCCUGUCUCAUAGCAGAGAUCUGACCCUGGGCAGCAUUCGUGCUCAGUAUAACCCAGCUCGUAGGAGGGCACUGGCAACGGAGUACCCCUUCUGCGCAGGCCUCCUUUUGCACAGCUCCGCGCUGAGUAAUGCGCUGACGGACCUGUCACUCCACGCAUGGAGCGUCACCUGCGCCGCCAGCUUUGUGGCUGAGCAGCUGGCCUGGGACUUGCAAUGCGAGGCUUGUCUCGCUUCCCUCUUUGACUCAGAUGAGAGCAGGCUGAGGUGCAGGUCAGUGCUCUACGUAAAAAAGUUAGGCAGAGUGAGUCUGCCCUCGGCGAGCGUGCACUGCAUAGCAAGCAUUUCGGAACGAGUCCUAAAGCGGUACGGCAACGUAGGGGGUGGCAACAAAAAUACCAAGCUGUGGCAUUCGUCUCUAGAACAGAAAGUCUUCCAGGAGCUUCUGGGAGAAAGGCCCCUCUUCCCCACCCUCACAAACCAUUUAUUUGAUGGGGAGUUGAGCAUCAACAACCACUACACAGUUUUACUAAAGAAAAUAACAAGAUGUUACUUAAACAUGAGAACAAACCCUGCGCAACACCUGAACUUGAAAUACCCUUGUGGAAGGCACAGAUUGAAAAGACAUUUAUUUCCAUCACCACUGGGUAGCUGUCAGUCAAGCUGUACUCAUGUGGCAUCAUGAGUACUCUGCUGUUCCAAGGAUGGCUGUGCCCUGCUGAGGGGCUCAGCAAUGGCUGGAUCUAGGCAACACGUGUCUUCCCAUGAUUCAGCCACCAAAACUGGUAUUAAGCAGUGAUGCGCUGGGCCACGGCAAAGCACCCGAUCGGAGUCUGACUAAGCAAAUCAAGGUUUAUCUGAUCCUGCAAAGCAGCCACACACUUCAUGAAACUUGUGUGGCAGGUCAGGAUGAGCAAUGGUUUCUUGAGGUGCCUGGGACAGUGGUAGGAGACACUGCAGUGUCCCCUGGAGGUGCUAGGUGGCUCCAUGCUGUGAGCGCUCUUGCCAGGAGAAAACUGAUGCAUAUUCCAUGUGGCUGGGAGAGAUCACAUGUGCUGGCAAUUUGAUUUCACCAAAACAGAUCUGCUUUAUGAAAGCCACAGGCAAGAAAGCUUGAAGAGCUUUUACCUUAAAAGCAAAAUAAAGAUGUGAAAAGAAAGUG